AUGUCGGUCAAGAUAAAAGGUCUCAGCGACGAGAUCGCGCGACAUCACUUCUCUUAUGGACUCCAGCCGGGAGUCUUUGCGGACAAGAUAAGCCGUAAGAAACCGAAGACGAUGGAGGAGAUGAGGGAACGCGCGGCCAAAUUCAUACAGAUGGAAGAUAUGCAGGAGUUUAGGGUAAAGAAGAGGGAGAAGGAGGAUGCUGCACUCCCAAAACCGAUCGCGCCUAGACCGAGCAAACCCGUAGCCCGACCCACCGAAAGGAAGCCACCAAAGUUCACAACUUACACUCCUCUGGCUGUUCCCCGGGCCAGGAUCCUGCAAGAGGCCUUCAGCGCCGAUUCGCUCCCCGCGGUUAGGAAGAAGCCUCCGCCACCCGAUGCCGAUGGCAGUAAACAUUGCCAGUACCAUCGGACAAUCGGGCAUACCACCGAAGAGUGCCACACGCUCCGCGACAAAAUAGAAGAGCUCAUCCGACAGGGACACUUGAAGAAAUACAUUCGACAAGAUCGUCCCCCGCGGAAUCCGGUGAGGAACCGAAGCCCGAUGAGAAGAGUCCCCCCAUCCCGAUCUGAGAAGAAAAGGGAGCCCGAGCGCGAGAAACGAAGGGGAGGACCAUCCCAAUCACAUUGGAGUCCAAGAAGGAGCCGCAGUCGUAGCCAUGAUAGACCCCUGAGGGGUUACAUCAAUACCAUCUCCGGAGGGUUCGCCGGAGGAGGGUCGUGCUCCGCAGCUCGCUAA